GGCAGGGCGGGCAACCCGGGGGGCACCACGCCGGGGGGCGCCGGGGUCCCCCCCCACCCCGCGGCCUCGCCCCUGCGCACCCCGGGGCCCCGCUGAGCGCCGGCGGCCGGAGCCCGCGGCCGGCGGGGACGAUGGAGGGUCCCGAGGGGGUUUACUCGGCGCAAGCCACCGCUGCCAUCGCCGCUGCCAUCACCUUCCUGGUGCUCUUCACCAUCGCGGGCAACGUGCUGGUGAUCAUGGCCGUGCUGAGCAGCCGCUCGCUGCGGGCCCCCCAAAACCUCUUCUUGGUGUCGCUGGCGGCCGCGGACAUCUUGGUGGCCACGCUCAUCAUCCCCUUCUCCUUGGCCAACGAGCUCCUGGGCUACUGGUACUUCGAGAAGACGUGGUGCGAGAUCUACCUGGCUUUGGACGUGCUCUUCUGCACCUCGUCCAUCGUCCACCUCUGUGCCAUCAGCCUGGACCGUUACUGGUCGGUCAGCCGUGCCAUCGAGUACAACGCCAAGCGGACACCGCGACGCAUCAAGUGCAGCAUCCUCAUCGUCUGGACCAUCGCGGCCGUCAUCUCCCUCCCGCCCCUGGUCUACAAGGGGGAGAAGAAGGCAGCGGCGGGGGAGCGGCCGCAGUGCAAGCUCAACGAGGAGGCCUGGUACGUCCUCUCCUCCAGCGUCGGCUCCUUCUUCGCCCCGUGCCUCAUCAUGAUCCUCGUCUACCUGCGCAUCUACCUGAUCGCCAAACGCCGCCACCGCUCCCACCCCGCCGGCGCCAAACCGCCGCAACCGGCACCACCCAACGUCACCCCCCCGGCCGGCGCGGGACCCCCCGGGGCCGCCUGCCCGCCGGCGGACAGGACCUCGCUGCUGAGCCCCGAGGAGCCCCCAGCGCCCCCCAGCCGUGGGGCAGGGACCUCCCCACAGCCCGAGGGGCGCCCCAGGGACACCUUGGCCACCGGGACGGGGCAAGUGGUGCUGGCACGUCGGCCGCCGGCGUUGAACCCUUGGAGGAGGAAGACGCAGAUCAACCGGGAGAAGCGUUUCACCUUCGUCUUGGCCGUGGUCAUUGGCGUCUUCGUCCUCUGCUGGUUCCCCUUCUUCUUCCUCUACAGCCUGGGCGCUCUCUGCCCCCGGCGCUGCAAGGUCCCUGACGGCGUCUUCCAGUUUUUUUUCUGGAUCGGUUACUGCAACAGCUCCCUCAACCCCGUCAUCUACACUGUCUUCAACCAGGACUUCCGCAAGGCUUUCCGACGCCUCCUCUGCCGCCGCCGAGCCCCGACACCCUGGUGAGGGGCUCUGGUGAGGGGCUCUGGUGAGGGGCUCUGGUGAGGGGCUCUGGCUCCCCCCUUCCUUCCCCCUCCUCCUCCUGGCUGCACUCGCCGCCUGGAGCAUCCCUCAGGUUUGGGGGGGUGGUGGGGGGGGUGGUGGUGGUGGGGGGUUGAAGCCCCCCCGAAGUGACGAGGGGUUUCCCCCCACUGCUGGCGCCUGCCUGCUUGCUGCCUUCUCUCACUGACAGAUUUUCCUGGGGGCCGGGGACGGACACACACCCCCCCCCCCCACACACACACACCCCCCGCCCCCCCGAGGUGGCAUCGCUGCCUUUUAACAAUAAAAGAUAUUUUGUAAUAAGAAAAAAAAAAAAAAAAAA